CCGGCGUCUUUGCGCACGAGCUUCGUGUGAGUGUCCGCGUGGUGGACUCGGAGAGUCUGAGCACUGAGACAGAGGACAGGACCGGGACUGAGGAGGACGACACGCUGGAGUCUAACUCGGUGAGAUGUCUGAGAUGAGCUGAGGACUAUUUCUGUUCCAGUGGCACCAGAACGAUCCAGAAGGUUCCUCCUCUCCAGGAGCUGCAGGACUGCAGACAUGGACCCAUUCAAGCAGCAGAGGGUGGAGGAUUUCUAUGAGAUCGGAGAAGAGCUGGGAAGUGGACAGUUCGCCAUCGUCAAACAAUGCAGGGAGAAAAGCACCGGGCAAGACUUCGCCGCCAAGUUCAUCAAGAAGCGUCAGAGCAUGGCGAGCUCCAGAGGGGUGAGGCGUGAGGAGAUCGAGCGGGAGGUGGACAUCCUGCAGCAGAUCCAGCACCCAAACAUCGUCACACUGCACGACGUCUACGAGAACCGCACUGACGUGGUGCUCAUCCUGGAGCUGGUCUCUGGAGGAGAGCUGUUUGACUUCUUGGCUCAGAAAGAGUCUCUGAGUGAGGAGGAGGCUACACAGUUCAUCAAACAGAUCCUGGAGGGUGUGAACUACCUACACUCCAGGAAGAUUGCUCACUUCGACCUGAAGCCUGAAAACAUCAUGCUGUUAGACAAAAACGUCCCGCUCCCCAGGAUCAAGCUCAUCGAUUUUGGUCUGGCCCACAAGAUUGAAGCUGGAGUGGAGUUCAAGAACAUCUUUGGAACACCUGAGUUUGUAGCUCCAGAGAUCGUGAACUAUGAGCCGCUGGGACUGGAAGCUGACAUGUGGAGCAUCGGGGUCAUCACGUACAUCCUGCUGAGCGGAGCGUCACCUUUCCUCGGGGAGACCAAACAGGACACUCUGGGGAACAUUUCUGCUGUGAACUACGAGUUUGAUGACGAGUUUUUCUGCCACACCAGCGAGCUGGCCAAGAAGUUCAUCAGCCAGCUGCUGGAGAAGGACAAGAAGAAAAGACUGACUAUUCAAGAUGCUUUAAAUCACCCAUGGAUCAAGUUCAACGAGCACAAGGAGGAGAAUAAAUCCGUGGAGCCGAAGAAACGGGAGCGCCGCCAGCUGAAGACGAAGCGUCUGAGGGAGUACACCAUCAAGUCUCACUCCAGCAUGCCGCCCAACAACACGUACGUGAACUUUGAGCGCUUUGCCCAGGUGGUGGAGGACAUUGACCAGAUGGAGAGCUCGUUCGUCAGCCUGGCAGCGGCUCACGACUCUCUGCAGGAAGACAUCGACGCCAUGGUGUCCAUCUACAACGAGAAGGAGGCGUGGUACAAGGAGGAAAGCGAAGGGGUGCGACACGAGCUCUCUCAGAUCCGGUACGAGUUCCGUAAGGUGGAGGCGUUUAAGAGGAGUCUGCAGGACGACAUGCAGGCCUUCAGCUCCAACCUCAGCGCCGUCAGCGGCCGGUACCAGGAGAGACAGAACCACUUUGACGCCCUGCGCCUCGAGCUCAGCAACGAGCUGAAGUGGGUGCAGGAGGUGAUGGGGUCGUUCCCUCUGGAUGGAGGAGGAGGAGGGUACUCCAACUGUAACUUCUCCACCGUCUUCAACAACGACGUGAACGAAGCUCUGAAGGAGCUGCUGAACCGAUCGUGUGGAGGAGAGCUGCUGUCCGGGAUCAACCUGGACUUUGAGACUGGACAGCAGAGAUAAACACCACUUCCUGCAGAAUUAUUUAAAAUAUACUCUAAAAAAAGAUGAAUGAAAGAGAAGAUGAGUUUUUCACCACAGAAUAUCUGAACCAUGAAAUAAGCCGUUUUAGAAAAGACUAGUUAGUUUGUUCUGGUGUUAUUAUCUAAUAUUAUUUCUUCACUGUUUUGUUUUUCAGCAAUAUUGGACAUGUGAUUCCUGCUGACCUGUGUCAUUUACCAGCAUCAGCUGCAGUAAUGCUAAACUGUAAAGGCUUUGAAUGCAGCACUCCGGCAUGUGAUUUUGUUCUGCUUAGUUUGGACACUAGAUGGUGCUGCUGCACUCAUUCUGUAAACAAACAUUUUGAUGUGCUCUCCUCACAGAUAAAUUGAGACAACAACACGAAUGGUAAACGUACUAACAACCAAAAUAUAAACAAUCAGUGGUGGACUCAGAGGGGGGCAGGGGGGCCAACAGGCCAGGGACACAUAUCUGUGUUAGAAAAACCUGAAAAAGUGAUUUUUGCACAAUAUGUCCCCUUUAAAGGGUAGACAUGCAUUUUUCAGCCAAGGGCCUCAAAGAUGGAAAUGAAGGCUAAAGCGUAUAAAUUCCCCUGUGGUAAUGACCUUAGGAGAACACCGUUAGCAAAGUCUCUGAUUCUGAGCGCUGAAAACAGAGCUGAAGAUAAACAAUGCCAGUUUCUUGAUUCUGUAUUUCCUGGUGAGUUGUUUUGAAGCAGAAUAAGCUGGGUUCAUUUCCCUGUCACAGGCCACGGUUACAUGAUGUUUUUUAAUUCGGAAUUAAUUAUUCAGAAUUAAAUGAUUUGAAAUUAAAAUAUUCUCCUUCGUGUUUACAUGGAAAUAACAAUUCCGAACUGAGGUUUACAUGGAAAACAUGUUUAAUCGCCUUUACUCAAUUCCGUUUAAGGUCUGGGGGUUGGGAAGGGUUCUGAUUGGACAGGGGAUGGACGUGACGUACUUUCUACCGGAAGAAAACAAACUCCGUCCGCUUCCGUCCAUCCACUCUUAUCAUUUUAUCCAUAUCUUCUAAGGCUCUUAUUAAAUAAAUUGUCUCGGCUCAAGUCCAACACUUGCUUCGGGCGGCCAUCCUGGAAUAUGUGCCCGCUAGCGUGGAAUAUGUGCGUCAUCGUGACAGGACAAGGGAACAAGGGGCGGUAAUGCACCAAAGUGAUGGAUGCCAACCACCAUAAAAACUAUGAAGAAGAAGAAGAAGAAGAAGAAGAAGAAGAAGAAGACAAGGGAACGAGCAUGCGCAGAAUGACCGGAAUUCAUUUAAAUCGGAAUGAGUGUAUACAUGAUAGAGGAAUUAUUCAAUUCGGAUUUAAAAUCAGAAUAAACCAGCCACUUACUUCGGAUUUAAGUUUAAUUCAGAAUGGUCAUUUUCAUUUGGAAUUAGGUGUUUACAAGGACUUUUUAAAGAGGAUUUAACUUUAAUUCUGAAUUAAAGGGGAAUUAAAGCUCUCAUGUAAACGUAGCCACAAUGAUCUGAUGGAGGUAAAGUGUCUCAUGAUUCAUUUAGAAUACCCUUUAAAGCAGUGUUACUCAACCCUACUAAACCAUAGAGCCAGAUUAUUGAAAAAUACCUUUGCAAGAGCCACAAUCUAAGAGGUGAAAAGUGGCAAAAACAGCUUA